AUGACUAAAAAAAUUGGAUUAGGGGGAGGUGACGUUUGGACAAGAGUUGACUCAAUAUUUUAUUUAUUAUAUUAUGAAAAAAAAACUAUUUCAAUAAAAUUCAUUUAAUAAAAAAAGUUGUUGAGGAAUAUUUCUGAUGAAGAAGAUUAGAUUUGUAAAAAAUAUAAUCUUGAAUAAGCUAAUAACAUCUAGAUGAUAAAAAAUAUAGCAGAUAUCUAUAAAAAAACAAUAGACUUUAAUGGAAUAAAAGAAAAAAUAGAUAUCUUAAAUUUUUCUUAUUUAACUCUUCUUGCAACGAGGUAUCAAAAUUCUUGCUAAUCCUAUUUACAAAUUUUAAACAUCUAUAAAAAUAAAAAUAUCAAACUGAGUUGGAAGGAUGAACAAAAAAUAUUAACAAUUCUCAGAUUGGUAGACUAAAAAUCUAUAUUGAAUAACAAUAUCAUCAACAAAGAAAAUAAUUAUUUUUAGAUUAAGCAAGUUUUAGAAUUUGAAAAGUAAAUUAAAAAAAUAAAUUACAAAUACUUCGAGUGCUUGAAGUAGUAUUAAGAAGUUGUCAAAAAGCUCUCAUUAAAUUUUAUUGAUAUCGAUGAAGCUUACUUGCUUAUGAAAUUUUAUAGAGAACAAAGAAAUAUUUUAAAAGAUUUAAUUAUUAGUCAAUUAAAAUAAAACAGCCAAAAUGAAGUUCUAUAAAACAUAUGUUGUAAAUUUGAUUAGCAUCUAAUUCAUAGAAAACAACUAUCUUUAUACACUUAAAAUAUCAAUGAAUAAUAAGUAAUUAUAUAAAACUAAAAAUAAUUUUACAACAAAAAGAGUUGCCUAGCUUUUAUUUCACUUCUAGAUAAUUAAUUUGGUGUAAUUAAGAAUGUAAAUAAAGGAUUUUUGAAAACUCUUGGUUUUUAAAUUAAAUAGCAAGUUGUUGGUAAAUCUAUUUCGUAAAUAUUUCCUUUAAACCUUAUUGAAAAUAAAAACGAAACAAUGAUUAGUUCUAUUAUUACAGAGGAAUUCUUAUAUUUAUAUAAUGAUAUUUUAGAUAUACCACUUUUUAUAGCUAGAAAUAAUCUUGGAUAUUCCUAGCCCUUUUAAGUUAAAGUUCAAAGUCAAAAAAUAAAUGAUGAGGAUUUUGGAUUAGCUAUUUGGGCAAAUCCAAUCCAAGAUGAUAACAUUUAUCUUGUCUUAGAUUACAAUGAUCCCUCUUCAGUAAAGGCUCUAAGUCAAAUUUUCAAAGAUAAAUUCAUUAAUUAAAAGUUUGAUGUGCAGAAUUUAAAAAAUAUCAGAAUGGAAAACUUUAUACCAAUAAUAAAUUAUUUUGUUAAAAAAUGUGAUACAGAAAACUAAAAUAAAAGAUUUGAAACUUUACUCAUUAGAUCUUAAUUGAGAUCAGAAAGCUAUGAUUUAAGACAUCCAAAUUUUUUAAACUCCUUAAAAUAUCAGGAAAUAUAUAGCAUAAUUGUCAAGUUUUAAAUAGUUAAAACAAAAAUAGCAUCUUUUGUUAAUAUGAUUAUUGAAAGCUACUCAUAAAAAUAGUAUUUUAAGGAAAAGGUUUUUCUAAUUCAACAAUAUUAGAAACAAAUUUAAGAAAUUUGUGGUAUUUCCUUGGAAUUUAAUCCAACAAAUGAAGAAAAUAAUGAUGAUAAAUUUUUUAAACCCACAAAAAGCCAAUUCUAUUAAGAUCCAAUUUUAGAAGAUACAAAUAUAUUAACUACCCUUAGACAAGAGUCAGAUUAAAAUGAAUUUAAAACGAUGAUAUAAAAUUUAAUUAACACAGUUAACUAUUAGACUAUUUAGAAGUAUUGUGAAGAUAGUGUAUUGAAUGAUUUGUAAAUUUCCAAAAUUAAUGGAUCGUUUAAUGAUUAAUAAAAAUACAUAGAAAUAGAGCCAACUAAUGAAGCUAUUAAUACUUAAUUUUCUUAAGCCUAAUAUUAAAUAUAAAACACAAAUAUGAGCAUAAAAAUUCUAGAAGAUGCAAGUGUUGAUUAAAUGAUCUAAGGUUUAAAUAGCAAUGAGUUUUCAUUUGAAAAUCUAUAAUAAAAUUAAAAUAUUUUAGUCUAAUAAAAUUUAGCUAAUUAAGAAGAUGAUACUACAAUUGAGAAAAAAAGCUAAACAUAAUUUGUAUAACAUAAAAACUAAGCCUAAAAAAACUAAGAAAUCUAAUCUGUUUCUUCUUCAAGUAAGAGUUUUGAAGAUAAAUUUUAACGAGAGAAUUUUAAAUAUAUAAAUUGGGUUUACAUGAUAAAUGUACAAUUCAGUUAUGCUCUUUCAGAGAAAAACAACUAUUUAUUAAAUGAAUAUAAUUUGCUCUAAACUCCACCAUCUUAGUUGCAAGAAUUCACUCAGUUAUAAAUAAAUGACUAAAAGUCAAGAAUUAAUCUAAGCAAAUAAUAUUUGCUUUAUCUUUACAACAAUACAAAUCCUUAGAUACAACUUUUUAAUAUUGUUUUAAAUUAGGAUAUCCUUUAAAAAAUUUUUUACAGCAAAGUGCAUUCAGAUAAGUAUUAAAUGCAUAUGUUGUAUGCCAUGCUUAUGUAGGAUUAUGGAAUUUUUUAUGUUGCUUCUGAUUUAGAUCCAAAUGGUUAAAUUAAAUAAUAGAAUGGAGAAAAUUAUGGAGCAUUAAAUAACCAAGUUUAAUCAAUAUUCUCACAGAUUAAUAGCAAAUAUCUUGAUCAACUUAAUUAAAUUUAAAGUUAAAAUAUUUUACAACUCUAUGUCACAAUACUAGUCACUUUUUUUUGCUUGAUAAGUCUUAUUCCAAGUUACAUUUUAACAAAAAUUUAGUAGCAAAAGAUACUAGAGCUAUUUGCAACAUUAGAUAGGGAGUAUCUUAAAGAUAUUUUAAUGGAUUUAAGCUAUCAGAUAUAAUGUUACAAAGGAAACGUAGGAAAAAAGAAGUUUGAUAAUUCAAAUUCAAGCUAUUCUACUCUUGAGGAAGUAUAAAUUUCAAAGAAAAACCAUUCAAUUCCUAUUUAUAUUGAAAAAAAAUUAAAUAUCAGCAGAACUUCUUCUUUGAAAUACUCAUUAAAAUUCUUUAUUUUUGGAUUGAUUGUGGUUUUUUUAUUGAUUUGUGUAUAUCCUACUCUAAAUUAUAUCCUAAUUAGCAAGUUUAUUAAUAACUCAACUAUCAUAUUCAACUUUAACAGUGCUAUUUGUGAUACAUCUUUUGCUAUCUAUAAUUCACUAAGAAAUAGAUAUGGUUUAGUAACUGCAUUUUUAUUACCAUAAUGGUAGUCUCUUCCUAUAUCAACUUUCUAAAAUAAUUUAAAUCAAACAGCUGAUUAAAUUUUCUCACUACCUAAAUUAAUAAAAGAAAAUUUAGAAAAUGUGACUAAUGCAAAUCUUUACAAUUAAUAAAUUUUUAAAGAUUAUCUCGUUAAUAUUUAUACAGCUAACGCAUGUGAUACAAUGUAAAAUUACACCUUAUAUUAGAAUUAAGACUUUUAAUAUACUUAAUGUGGCAGUGUAAGCUAAGGGACUCUUUAAAAAGGAUUACUAAAUGCAAUUGUAUUUUUUAUUAAUAUAUACAAAGACUUUUUAUCUUUUGCUUUUGCUGAAAAUGCUUCUGACUUUAAAUAGGGUUUUAAUGUGUAUAAUUAGAAUAUACCAGCUUACGAUUAAUUUUUAUUGAGGAUAGAAUUGUAAAAAGCUCAUGAAUCUCUCAUGAAAUUUUUUUAAGACUAAAAUCUUCAACUCUAUAAUUACUAUGAACAAAUCAUAAUAAUAUCAGCUACUAUCUAAAUAUGCUUUCUGGUAUUAUUAUUUGUCAUCAGCUGGUACUCAUAUUUUAAAAAUGUAAACAGAAUUAUAUUUUCUACUAAAUAAUUACUAGAUAUUUUUCCAUCAUAAACCAUUAUAAAAAAUACAUAUAUAAUGUCAUUUUUAAGAUAAAAUAAGUGA